CCUAAGCUCUCCCCCAAGCUACGUGCUAAACACGCCCCCAACGUGCCGCGCCGCCAGUCUCCACCCGUUCGCUCUGCUGCUGGCUGCCAGUCGCCACCGCUCCGCCGUGCAGUUGCGCGCGCAUGCGCACAUCCGCCGCCCGCUCGCACCUCGACGCCGGCCCGCCCGCUGAGCCGCCAUGGAGGGCUUCGACACCAUCACCAUGUCGUAUCUGGCGACGCCCAUGCCGCUGCAGAACGCCCCCGCGCCCGACCAGCAGCUGCCCAUGUCCAUGGCGCCCAUGGACCCCUACGAGCAGCGCUCGACGUUUGACGCCGAGACGUUUGCCGGGAGCGAGGCCGCCUUCUCGCAGUACGAGCUCCAGCAGCCGCCGCCGCCGCACCUCAAGCGCUUCAGCACGUACGAGGACCCCUUCUCCGACGUCCACAGCACCUACGAGCAGUCGGUCCACCCCCACGAGCCGCAUGGCGUGCCCGAGAGCCCCAGCAUCGAGAGCAACAACAAGCUGCUGGGCUUCUCGCUGCCCCACGUCCCCUACACCAUCCUCGACUACGCAAUGCGCCGCGUCACAAUAUCAAUGGCUGCCCAGCUGCACGGCAUGUUCUUCCUGGCCGAGUCGCCCUGGGCGGCCGCAGGUGACGUCCAAGCACCGCCGACUGAGCUCACCUGCUACCGAAGAAACCUGUUCCAAAUCACAGGCACAAUAACGCUGCCGCGGACGCUGCACUGUCUGCUGACUGACCAGGGCGACCAAAUACCCAUCCUCGCCCAGGAGCUCGUCAUAUCUGCGACCGAGUCGCUCGAGGGCAACCCCGUCAAGAUCAUCACUGUGCCGUGGAAAACACCCGCGACAAGCAACGCGCCGGCGGAAGACAAGACCGAAAAAGAACCCCAAACGUACCCAUUGGAUCUCUCUACUGGGCAGGAUAUGGACUCUGAAUAUGUCAGUUUCCCCAUCAGUUGGAAGCGGUUGCAGUUUCGAAUAGCGACAGCGAACAACGGGCGUAGAAAAGAGCUGCAGCAACACUUUGUGGUUAGUCUGAAAGCAGUAGCGACUCUUGCAAACGGGGCCAAAGUCCCGCUAUGCGAAAUACACUCUGGUGCAGUCAUCGUCCGGGGGCGCAGUCCAAGAAACUUCCAGUCUCGAAAGGACAUGCCAAUCAACGGGGGCGCCGCCUCUGUGCGAAAAGCGCCAUUGCCUGCGCAGCCCAGCCGGACAACCACGGGCGAGUCGAGUCACGCCACGCAAUUCCACGGCCAGACGCAUGCCGCGCCAACCUCGAAACCGAUGGACGCGAUGCAGCUGCCCUACGAUUUCACCGCCGCUGAAAUACCCGUUUCCCCCGAUUUCCUCGAUUGGAAGGUGCCCGGCGGAGCCAUGACCGCGAUACCGCCAGACCCGCCAUCCGCAACGAUGCCCCACGCAACGCCCUAUGCACGCUCAACACCCGAGGUGUCGAGAAGCACUCCAUAUCCACAGCAGACGUCCAUGGCGCCCGUCACCCUGUCUCUGACCGACGAUGAACCCAAGAAAGUCACAUCGCCCUCGGAGCACAUCAAGAAAAGAGCCGCGCCAGUACGGCCGCCAUCUUUCUCCAUUGGCUUGAUUGGCAGCCCGGAUGAGAGCGCAGAUCUGCUGUACGAGUACUUUCCGCUCGGCCUGGACGACUGGAUGCCGCCGGUUGAUGCUGUGUACCGGCCGCAUGUUGUCCAUCAUACAAAUCUGCCCCAGGACCCCAAGGCACUGUCGGUUAAGAAUAAAUCGAAACGGUACUUUUCGGAUGUCUGGUGACGGCUGUUUUGCGCUCUUCGUACGCGGCAUUUUCUGGCCGUCUUCUUCUGUCGGGGCUCGAGACUGCUGUGUUUAUGUUGGAAUACGGCGUGACAGUCGACGGAGAGUUUGUUUAGCCCGGGGGUUGCUGUCUGUCGUUGUUACGCAGUUAUGUGUCCAACCCUUCUUCGACAGCCUCGCCUUCGAGCCCGGACCUUUUCAGAUGCU